AUUGAACUUCAAGAACAUCCAAGAAUAAGAGAUUCGUCGUCGCCUCACCUCUAGCCAACACACACAACACCUCUACCACCACCAGCCAACAUGUCUUACGCUGAGAUUGCUGCCAAGGGCCCCAAGCAGACUCCCGAGGAGGCUGCUGCCCCUCUCCCUCCCCAGAUCGAGGUUGACGAGUCUACCUCCACUUCUUCCCUGAUCGACGUCGAUACCCCUUCUGUCCACACCGUUCCUUCCGACUUCCAAGAGCAGGAAAUCCAGACCGAGACCCAGGCCACCCGCCUUGAGCAGGAGGAACAAGCAGCCAAGGAGGAGGCCGAAAGAGCCAAGGCCAAGGCCCGCGCUGAAGCCGACCUUGCGAAGAAGAAGGCCAAGAGCAAGGCCAAGAAGGCCGACAACUGGUUGACCAAGCAGUUCGCCAGCUUGAGCGAUGGUACCACCGGUGCUCUCGCUGCCGUCAACCUCUUGGCCGUUGUUGGUCUUAGUGGAUGGCUCGGCUACAGGGCUUGGGGUCUUUACGACCGCAGGCAGUUCACAUGGCAGCAUGCUGGCCGGGGUGCUGGCAUCCUCGCCGCUGUCGCCGUCUUUGAGAGUGUAUUCAGCAGCUAUCUCGCCAAGGGCAAGAAGGCCAAGGACCAAUAGAGGAUAUGACUCCGGCACAGCAAGUCUGAAAAAGUCCGCGCGCCGUUGACAACGACCGAUUCUUCUCUUCUGUGUUGCAGGGCAACACUCGUUCCUUUUCUCUACAUGCUACGUUUUAUGGGCUGUGGCGGGGGGCAUGGUUUGCAUUUCUCUGAUACUCAAUUCUGGCGUUUGUUUAGCUAUGGGUCAAUUCCCGUCAAAUUGACAUCUCAUCUCUGUUCUUCA